UGCUAAGUGGUGUAGUUCAGAAUGCUAUCAGUAAGCUACAAGAAAAACAUUAGAAGUCAAGAUAGUGCGCGUUAGUACACCCACCGCUUUCGGAUGUAUUCCAAUGCUUAUAUCUUGCCAGAGCUAUCGAACAAUUGCGCAGAUGUGAGAUAGCAUGAAAGAGUGUUCAGUCAACUCUCUUCCAACUUAUUAUCUUCAUUCAAUAAGUUAAAAGAAAGUGCAGUCAAACUUUGUCGUUCUUUAAAUGACUUGUCCUGCAGUAGUUAGGUACAUCCAGCACUUUGUCUGCCUUUUAUCAGAUCUCAAAUCAGAUACACACUUGAACCCAGGACCUGUCGUCCUCAAAGUGCGUCGCCGGGAACUCUGGAGUGGACGAGCCUUUGAUAAAGCUGUCAGAUUUUAGAGGGACAUAAAACUUGUUAUAGGCGCUCUAUCUCUGCACUUAUCUGUUGUCAAAAACGAGCCAUACAAUGGAUUUCUCAUUCUGCCUCCUAAUAUGUCUUCUGAGUGCUAUCACUCUGUUCAAUCAAAGGGUAGAUUCCAACGAGAUUCUAGGGCUGAAAAUCCCUAAUAUUGACCCCAUUCUCAACGCCAACACUGUGUGCUUGACCCUGCCUGGACUGAACCGCAGACAACUGGAGGUGUGCAUGAGAAACCCAGACGUCACCGCCUCGGCCAUCCAAGGGAUCCAGAUCGCCAUCCAUGAGUGCCAGCACCAGUUCAGAGGACACAGGUGGAAUUGCUCCAGCCUGGAGACCAGGAACAAGAUCCCAUACGAUAGUGUGGUUUUCAAACGAGGUUUCCGUGAGAGUGCCUUUGCAUAUGCCAUCGCAGCGGCGGGCGUGGUCCACGCCGUGUCCAACGCCUGCUCCAUGGGGAAGCUGAAGGCGUGCGGCUGUGACGAGAAGCGGAGAGGCGACGAGGAGGCCUUCCGCAUCAAACUGAACCGGCUGCAGCUGGAGGCCAUCCACCGCGGGAAGGGCAUGGUGCACGGUGUCAUGGAGCACUUCCCUGCAGACCUGCCCGGGCCUCAGGACUCCUGGGAGUGGGGAGGCUGCAGCCCCGAUGUGGACUUUGGGGAGAAGUUCUCUCGGGACUUCCUGGAUUCGCGUGAGACCUACAAGGACAUCCAUGCCAGGAUGAGGCUCCACAACAACAGAGUUGGCAGGCAGGUGGUGAUGGACCACAUGAGACGGAAAUGCAAAUGCCACGGGACAUCAGGAAGCUGCCAACUGAAGACCUGCUGGCAAGUCACACCGGAGUUCAGGGUGGUAGGCUCGCUGCUCAAGGAGCAUUUCCACAUAGCCACCCUCAUCAAAGCCCACAACAGGAACACAGGCCAGCUGGAGCACGCCCACCACCCCACACACAGACGCAGAUCCAACCUCAACGAGCUGGUCUACUUUGAGAAAUCUCCGGACUUCUGCGAGAGGGAUUUGCGGUCCGACUCGGCCGGAACGCAAGGGAGGAUCUGUAACAAGACGAGUCCAGAGAUGGACAACUGUGAAAGCCUCUGCUGCGGGCGAGGCCAUAACAUCUUACAGCAGACCCGCAGUGAACGAUGCAAUUGCAAGUUCCACUGGUGCUGUUACGUGGUCUGCGAAGAGUGUCGAAUAACAGAGUGGGUCAGUGUCUGCAAAUGAAGAAAUGCAGAAAUGCAAUAAUAUACCUUUUUUAAACAGGGAAAGACUGCAAUACACCCAUUCCCUUUGCAAUGGACUGCCAUUUCCAUUAGUAGAAUGGAACGCACGAAAACAAGACUGGAAUAUAGCCAGUUCAAAGAGGUGUACAAUCAGAGUGUGCACAGCAUGUGUCCAACCACCAUAGUUCAGAGCAUCUGGAGCUGCACUGCCUUUCAUCUCAGAAAGUGUUUUUAGAUUAAAGAUAGUGAAAUACUAUGGAUAAUAUUGAUAACUGAGCACUCAUGAAUUUAAACUAGGGUUCCGAAAAUGACAAAUAGCUGAUUUUUUUAUCUAUAGAUGUAAAACAACUGCCUGGGUUUCCGGUAAUUUAAGAAGAAGAAGAAGAAGAAGAAGAAGAAGAAGAAGAAGAAGAAGAAGAAGAAGAAGAAGAAGAAGAAGAAGAA